GGAGAGGGUGCCGGUUAGAUUCCCGCGCGGAGGAGAGGAGCCAAAAAGUUGAGGGGGUCGUGCGCCUAUUCCCGCUUCAUGAAUGGCCCGAACAUGGAGGAGAUGCCAUUGGAAAGAGUCAAGACCCGGCGGAGGAAGGGUCACUGCCCGGCCGGUGCACCCCUGGGCGCCAUCGCCUGCGAGGACGAGUUCAACAGCCCGGAGCUGGAGGCUCUGUUCCAGGGCUACAACCUGAAGCUGGAGCAGACCGCCACCCUCAAGGCGCUGGCGGUGCUCAUCGUGGCCGCGUCGUCGCUGUCGCUGGUGGAGCUGCUGUCCAGCUCGCGUCUCACCUUGUCCAAGGGCUCCUACCCGGUGCACUGCGUGGUGUUCCUGUCGCUCUUCAUCGUCACCAACGUCAAGUACCUGCAGGUGACGCAGCUGCAGCAGAUCGCGAAGCUGGCGCUGCUGUUCAGCUUCACCUUUGCGCUGCUCUGCUGCCCCUUCCCGCUGGCGCUCAGCACGUCGGAGCCGGUGAGCGCCGCUGCCCCUGAGCAAGGCGUGUGGCAGCUCAUGCUGGUCACCCUCGUGGCUUACGUGCUGCUGCCGGUGCGGACGCUGAUGGCGGUGCUGUUCGGGGUGAUGCUGGCUGCGUCCCACUUCAUUGUCAUAGCGACGUCGGUCACCGGGAGGAAACAGAAGAUGUGGAGGCCGCUGGUGGCCAACGCAGUGCUGUUCACCAGCGUCAACUUGUCGGGGGUGUUUGUGAGGAUUCUCACUGAGCGCGCCCAGAGGAAAGUCUUCCUGCAAGCCCGCAACUGCAUCGAGGAGCGGCUGAGGCUCGAGGAUGAGAAUGAGAAACAGGAGCGUCUGCUAAUGAGUCUACUGCCCAGGAAUGUUGCCAUGGAGAUGAAGGAGGACUUCCUGAAGCCGCCUGAGAGGAUCUUUCACAAGAUCUACAUCCAACGUCAUGACAAUGUCAGUAUCCUGUUUGCAGACAUCGUGGGCUUCACCAGCCUGGCCUCUCAGUGCACAGCUCAGGAACUCGUCAAACUGCUCAACGAACUCUUUGGGAAGUUUGAUGAACUGGCAACAGAGAAUCACUGCAGGAGAAUAAAGAUCCUCGGCGACUGUUACUACUGUGUGUCCGGACUGACCCAGCCCAAGGCGGACCACGCCCACUGCUGCGUGGAGAUGGGCCUGGACAUGAUUGACACGAUUGCGUCCGUGGUGGAGGCGACUGAGGUGGAUCUCAACAUGCGUGUCGGUCUGCACACUGGACGCGUGCUGUGCGGCGUGCUGGGCCUCAGGAAAUGGCAGUAUGACGUCUGGUCAAACGAUGUCACGCUGGCCAAUGUGAUGGAGGCCGGAGGGCUGCCGGGAAAGGUGCACAUCACCCGGACGACCCUGGAGUGCUUGAAUGGAGACUACGAGGUGGAGCCGGGCUUCGGACACGAGAGACACGCCUUUCUUCAGAAACAUCACAUAGAGACUUUUUUCAUCGUGCCAUCUCACCGACGCAAAAUCUUUCCGGGUCUGAUUCUGUCGGACAUCAAACCAGCCAAGAGGAUGAAGUUCAAGACCGUGUGCUACCUGCUGGUGCAGCUCAUGCACUGUAGGAAGAUGUUCAAGGCCGAGAUCCCCUUCUCCAACGUCAUGACCUGCGAGGACGACGAUAAGCGGAGGGCCCUGCGGACUGCGUCAGAGAAGCUGAGGAACCGGACGUCCUUCUCAGCCACCGCUGUGCAGCACUCGCCGGGAACACGAGUCAACCGCUACAUUGGGCGGCUCAUUGAGGCGCGGCAGACCGAGUCAGAGACAACGGACCUCAACUACAUCACCCUGUUCUACAGGAGCCGAGACAGGGAGCGUAGAUAUCACCAGGUGUAUGACGACCAUUUCAUCAGUGCUGUGGUUCUCUCUCUAAUCCUUGCUGCUCUGUUUGGCCUCAUCUAUCUGCUAAUGAUUCCACAGGGGAUGCUGGUGCUGCUGCUGUUGGUGCUGUGUGUGUGUUUCCAUGUGGCCUGUGUCAUGUAUCUGCAUCUCACCAGUGUUCAGUGCCAACCAAGCUGCCUCACCAUCCAGAUCCGAUCGGUGCUGUGCGUGUUCCUCGUUCUGCUCACCUACUCUGUCACCCAGGCCUGUGUGGUGGGAUGUGUUCCUUGGGGGAAAGCGGCGGUGACGAACUCCAGCCGCUCUGUGGACGCUGUCCCUGCAGACACGAGCGGCGUCGGACUCUCCAACAUCACGGCGGCGGAAAGUGCUUGCUCCAACAUGGCCUAUGCCCUUCUGUCCUGCGUGGCCGGCACCCUCACUGUCGUGCCCUACCUCCGCGUGUCCUCGCUCCCCAAGAUCCUCCUGCUCCUCCUCCUCUCUGUCACCUACACCGUAGUCAUGGAGACCAGCGGCUACCGCCAAGCUGUGGGUGGUGGUUUCCUCCACACGCGAGGCUACGACCCCGUGUUGGCGGUCGUGUUGAUUUCUGGAGCUCUGGCUCUUCAUUCCAGACAACUGGACCUGAAGCUGCGGCUCGAUUAUCUCUGGGCCACUCAGGCGGAGGAGGAGAGGGACGACAUGGAGAAGGUGAAGCUGGAUAACAAGAGGAUCCUGUUCAACCUGCUGCCGGCUCAUGUGGCUCAGCACUUCCUCAUGUCCAACCCCAGGAACAUG